AUGAGCGAACCCGAGGUGCCUUUCAAAGCGGUGGCUCAGUUCCCUUACAAGUCAGAUUACGAAGACGAUUUGAAUUUUGAAAAAGAUCAAGAAAUUACUGUGACCUCUGUCGAAGACGCAGAAUGGUAUUUUGGCGAGUACCGAGACUCCAAUGGCAACACCGUUGAAGGUAUCUUUCCCAAAAGUUUUGUUACUGCGACCCAAGCGCCUGAGACCGCAAAGGAAGCUGAAUCGCCUGCGAUUGCAGCUCCCACACAGUCACACACCACCAAGCUUCAUGUAGAAUCGGAGGCUUCUACUGAGCCCGGUGAACCUGAAACAAAAACAGAAGCUUUGCCAUCUGUACCUGUGCCAGCGGCAGUUUGCCAUGAUCUGCCCACAAAUAACGAAAGAAGUGUUCCUAUGGACUCUCCGAAAUUGAAGGCGCGCUUAUCCAUGUUUAAUCAAGACAUAUCUGAGCAAGCUCCUCUACCAGGAGCGAGUCACUUUGAUUUGGAGAACAUACCUGUGAAGAAGACAGUUGUGGCUGAUGCCCCUAAAUUCUACGUCCCCCCUGGAAUCCCAGCCAGUGAUAAGUCCGAUUUAGAAAGGAAAAAGUCUUUUAAGGAAAAUGAAGGAAAGAAUGUUCCUGAGCCAAUUAAUCGAGCUCAAGUGGAAAGUGGGGAACUUGAGACUGAAAAUGAUCAAUUGAAGAAAGAUCAACCUAAAAUGAGUCUGAAAGAAAGAAUUGCGCUAUUGGAAGAACAGCAGAAAUUACAAGCCGCAAGAGAGAAAGAACUGUUGAAAAAAAAAGCUAAACAAGAACAAGAUCAGGAAAGAGUACCAGGUAACGGAAGUGAACCCAAUAUAGAAACUGAAGGAAAUGAAGAACCAAAUGAAAAAACCGGACCUAAAUCUGAACCCGAACUUGAAACCGAACAUGUUCAUGAAUCUUAUGUGGAACCGCUAGCACACAAAGAAAGCGUACAGACCUCUAUUAGUGUGGGUGCAGACAUGAGUGAUACAGAGAGUGAGCAAGUUAUAGAUCAAUACAAGGAGGAAUACGAGAAGGAUGAAGCCCAGUACCCGCAACGGGAUGAACCAAACAGGGAGAGAAUUGCUGAAGAGAAAGAGAUAGAACAUGCUAGCGAAGAAGAAGAGGAGGAAAACGAGGAAGAUGAAGAGGAUAGUGAAGAAAAUCGCAGAGCGGCAUUGAGAGAAAGAAUGGCUAAACUUUCAGGGGCUGGUAGAUUUGGUGCACCUGUUGGCUUCAAUCCAUUUGGUAUGAGCUCUGGAGUUGGCAGUAAUGCAUCAGAAGAACCCAAAAAAGCCAAAAAGAAAGAAGUCAAGCAUCAAGAAGCCCAACAAAUAGAAGAGCUGCCCACCGCUAUACCUGUUAUGCCUUUUGCUGAUCCAAACUCUAAUCCAUUCUUUAAAAGAUCAGGACCAACAGAGGAACGCGAAUCUCCAGAGGAACGCGAAUCUCCAGAAGAAAAAACGUUGGACCCACACGUCGUAGAGAACGAACCGAAGCGGGAGCAUGGCACACACGUCUAUAAAGAUCUAGCCGUGGGUGACCAUGCACAUUCUAAUAACUUUGACAGUGACUCUGAAGAAGACACUGAUAACGAUCAUGACUUUGAAGAUGCGAUCGACGGCCUGAAAAGAAAUUCACUUGUGGGGCAAGGUUCCCUAGGAAGCAAUGUUGAGCCAACCAGCUCAACCUCCGGACAAGAAAUUUAUCCUCAAAUACCCCCUACGCCCCACCAUGCUACAGGGAUUGUACCAAAUUCCGUGAGCCUGGAGAAACAAAAAACGAUCGAUGAAUUACCAGUCUCUCCCCCAAGACCAGGAGUCGCCCGCAACGAGUCGAUAAAAACUUUCACUAAUUCCCUUCCAGGGCAACAUAGAAAGGCAUCUGAAAAUGAACAUAAUGACCCACUUUCAACCGAACCACCUCCAUUACCAACAGCUGCUCCAAAUAUCCCGUUCUCCAUGCCACCAGCUCCAAUUAUAAGCCAAGAUUCAGCUGCAGAGAAUGUGCUACCAUCUCCUUCAGCAUCUCCUUCUCCUCCGGCACCUCCGGCACCUCCAGCACCUCCAGCACCUCCAGCACCUCCAGCACCUCCAGCACCAUCAGCACCAUCAGCACCAUCAGCACCAUCAGCACCAUCAGCACCAUCAGCACCUCCAGCACCAUCAGCACCUCCAGCAACCCCAGCACCUCCAACACCAUCUGCAUUUUCUAAACAUAACAAAAUAGAAGAGCAAGUACAUGUUCCUAGACCAUCGGGUCCUCCUCCACCUCCCGUACCUGCGGAAUAUCAGACGAUGCCCAACAAAGCGGCUCCGCCACUUCCAAAUGCUCCGCCAGUCCCACAUAGUGUCUCUGGAUAUACAGUCAACCCACCGAAUACACAUGAGGUCACAACACGUACUGCCCCUCCUCCCCCUCCUCCACAUGUUGCAACUUCUCCACCUCUGGCACCAGGUGCAAAAUCACCCCCCUCCACUCAACUCCCACCUCAUACAGAGAGGGAGCCACCAGCAUUACCUCCUAUCGUACCUUUAGCGAAAAACAGCACAAUAGAAUCCUUCCAUCAGUCCACUUCUCCUAACAUGAGCUCUGUGAGAAGGUCAACGACACAUGACCUGGGCGAUAUGUCCACUAAUACAAAAAUAGAUUUUAAUCCGCAGGAAAGGUGGUGGAUUAACAAAACCGUGCCUUCCGCUAUAAGCAAUUUGAAGUUGAAGUUUUUAAUGGAAAUCGAUGAUCAUGUAAUUUCUAAAAGGUUACACCAAAAAUGGGUUAUAAGAGAUUUUUAUUUCUUGUUUGAAAACUAUUCACAAUUGAGAUUCUCCUUGACUUUCGACAAUGCAAACCCCGAGAAAACAGUAACAACUUUCCAAGAACAUUUGCCACCACCGGCUGAAGCACAAUCAGCACAGCUACUGGAUGAAUACGCUCAAAAGUUCAAUGUAAGAAUUCUAGAAAAAUCACAUUCGUUAAUAAACUCACACAUUGGGGCCAAAAACUUUGUGCCACAAAUUCUAUCCGAGUUCAAAGACGAAAUCAUACUCCCCAUAGGACUAAGAACAUUCGGUGCGACUAUAUUAAGUUUUAAACCUGAAGAUGGAACUGAAAAUAUAACGAAAAGCUUACAAAAGAUUAGGCCUGGUGACAUAAUUGUAAUUAGAAAGGCUAAGUUUGAAGCACAUAAGAAGAUCGGUAAAAAAGAAAUUGUCAACAUCGGGAUAGACGCUUCCAUCCCAUACUCAAGUGUUGUGACCGAUUACGAUUUUACCAAAAAUAAAUUUAGAGUCAUCGAAAAUCAAGAGGGAAAGAUCGUUCAAAAUAGCUACAAGCUAAGUCAUAUGAAAAGCGGAAAAUUAAAGGUUUUUAGAGUUGUUGGUAGGGGAUAUGUAGGGUGGUGA